UGCGACUCUCCGUCUUUCCUGCCCAGUAUCCGACGGAGCGGACGCAACCACGUGUGCGCACACAGGCAGUUCUGUUAAUUGUCUAAAGUAAUUCGCUUCUGGCCCCCCUCAGUGUUUCUUUGAAACACAACUAAAAGCAACCAUGGUGAAAUUAGCAAAGUCAGUAAAUCAGCAGGCUCAGAAGAAAAAAGCUGCUCCACCCCCUAAAGAGGUGGAAGAAGAAUCCAGUGAAGAAGACAGCGAAGAGGAAGAGGCUCCUCCGCCUAAAGUGACAAAGAAAGGGGCUAAAGCUACACCGGUCAAAAAUGGCACCCCUGCCAAAAAGGCAGAAAGUGAAGAUGAUGACGAGUCUGAGGAAGAGUCAUCUGAGGAGGAAGCGCCUCCACCAAAGAAGACGCCUGUAAAGGCAAAGGCAACACCCGCUAAAGGAAAGGGUAAAGCCACCCCAGCCAAGGCAGAAGAAUCAGAUGAUGAUGAGUCUGAAGAGGAGGCACCGCCCCCCAAGAAAGCAGGCAAAGCAGCUGCAAAGCCUGCCAAGGCGCCCGCCAAGUCCCCAGCAAAGGGCAAGGCUGCACAGGAGUCCGAUGAUGAGGAUGAUGAAUCGGAGGAGGAGGCCCCACCCCCCAAGAAAGCUGCUAAAGCAGGAGCCAAAGCAGCAGCUAAAGCUGCUAAAGAGUCCUCUGAAGAUGAUGAGGAGUCAGAAGAGGAGGCCCCACCCCCCAAGAAAGCUACUCCAGGCAAAGCUAAACCACAGCCUGCUAAAGAGUCUGACGAUGACGACGACGAUGAUGAGGAAGAUGACUCCGAAGAAGAAAUGGACACUACUCCUGCACCAGCAAAGGCAAAGAAAGCCGGCAUGGUCAAGGCCAAAGAAGAGUCGGAGGAGGAGGAUGAUGAUGAUGACGAGGAAGAUGAUGAUGACGACGAUGAGGAAGAUGAUGAUGACGAUGAAGACUCUGCAGGCAAACCUGCAAAGAGGAAGGCAGACAACAAGAAAGAUGCACCACCUGCAAAAAAAGCAAAGGCUGAAGGAGAAGGCUUCUGUCUGUUUGUCGGAAACUUGAACGCAACAAAAGACUUUGAUGAGAUCAAAGCGGCCCUCAGGAAAUUCUUCUCAAAAAACAGUCUUGAGAUCACCGAUGUCCGGUUAGGUGGCUCAAAGAAAUUUGGGUAUGUUGAGUUUGCAUCUGAGGAUGACAUGAACCAAGCACUGGAGCUCAGUGGCAAGAAAAUCAUGGGUCAGGAGGUGAGGCUGGACAAGGCCCGCAGCAAAGAGACCGCACAAGAGGGAAAGAAAGAGAGAGACGCACGCACACUCUUUGUAAAAAACCUUCCAUUCUCCACAACGGUUGAAGACCUGAAAGAACUGUUUGAAGAUGCAGUUGAUGUAAGGCUACCUCAAGGCCAGAACGGUUCAAACAGGGGCAUUGCCUAUAUUGAAUUCAAAUCUGAGACUGAAGCAGAGAAGAUGCUGGAGGAGGCCCAGGGAGCCGAUGUCCAGGGGAGGUCCAUCAUUGUCGACUAUGUUGGAGAAAAGAGCCAAAAAGGAGGCAAAGUUGCAGCGGCCGGAGCAGUAAACAAAACACUGGUGGUGAAUAAUCUCUCCUUCAGUGCCACAGAGGAAACCCUACAGUCCACGUUUGAGAAGGCUGUCUCUAUAAGGAUUCCACAAAAAGACGGCAGACCAAAAGGUUUUGCUUUCAUAGAGUUCGAGAACACUGAUGAUGCCAAGGAGGCCAUGGAAAGCCUAAACUACUCAGAAAUUGAUGGCCGGUCAAUUCGACUGGAGUUCAGCCAACAAAGCGGAGGAAGGGACGGAGGCAGAGGGAACUCUGGUCCAACAAAAACCCUCUUUGUGAAGGGACUUUCUGAGGACACGACCGACCAGACCCUUAAGGAUGCUUUCGAUAGUGCUGUUGGCGCCAGGAUAGUUACAGACAGAGAAACGGGUUCAUCAAAAGGAUUUGGCUUUGUGGACUUUGACAACGAGGGCGACUGCAAGUCAGCCAAGGAGGCGAUGGAGGAGGGUGAGAUCGACGGCAGCAAGAUAACCCUGGACUACGCCAAGCCAAAGGGCGACGGCGGCUUCCGUGGAGGACGCGGCGGCGGUGGAGGAUUCGGUGGUCGUGGUGGCGGAUUCGGUGGCCGUGGAGGAGGAUUCAGAGGAGGUCGUGGUUUUGGAGGUGGUAGAGGAGGAGGAGGACGGGGAGGAAGAGGAGGCCCUCGUGGUGGCGGACGUGGCGGAUUUGGAGGUGGAAGAGGAGGUGGUGGAUUUGGCUCAAAACCACAGGGAAAGAAGAUAAAGUUUGACUAAAACUUUAAUGGACUGAAUGGACUCUGGUGUCAUCGGUUUUUCAGAGCUUUUGGACAUUCCACAAAGCGUCGUUGAUAUAUAUUUAACUGUAAAUGGGCAUUUUUUUAGCCCUUUAUGUAGAGUCCUCACACAUACUCCACCCAAUGCCAGAAUGGCACUUCUGACCUUUUUCAGCUUAAGUGCUACAUGUGAGAACUGAAUGUCCUGACCACAAACCCGCACCUCUUGCCCUCCUUAGGAAUCUUUUUCUGAAGGAGUAAAAUGGAAAUGGUUCUGAUGAGCGACGUUGCUGUGAAAGGAGGAAACAAAGGCUUGUCAGAUAUAUGGUGUAAAUUUAAACCGUUUGUAUGGUUUCAUUUUACCUUUUUGUAAAAAAAACAAAACAUCUUACAAAUGUAUCCAUAUGCUUUUUAUUUUGUUUAGUUUUCUUUAAUCUAAGUUUUACUGUGCAGUUCAUAUUUUGAUAAUCCAGGCGAAACAUUUAUGUUGGAUGUUAUGGUUGUUUGAUGGGGCCGAGUCUCUUGAGUCUUGAUUGAGACAUUUAAUCAAUGUAACAUAAAAUAUUUGUAGCACAUUGACUUUUUUUCCCCCCAUUGUAAUUUUUUCAUGUGAUGAAAUAAAACCUCUUAGAUGGUGA